AUGACUGCAAAGAAGGAUAAGGACUACAAGAAUCAUAAACACGGCAGUGAGUUAAGCGCAACAGCAAUCUCGUCCAAGUUAGACAGCCAUCUAGCGAGCCAGGCGGGCACGACAGCAACAGGUUUGAUUACGGCGCAGGACCCUCUCAAACGAACCAACAAGCCCCUGAUGGAGAAACGCCGGCGAGCCCGCAUCAAUCAGAGUUUGGCCAUCCUGAAGGCCCUCAUCCUCGAGUCGACGGUCAAGAGCAAGUCCGGCGACGGUCAGACGAAGCACUCGAAGCUGGAGAAGGCGGACAUCCUCGAGCUAACGGUGCGUCACUUCCAGCGCCAUCGGAAUCUGGACAAUCCGGGCAUCGAUAAGUACCGGGCGGGGUACACGGACUGUGCGCGGGAGGUGGCACGCUAUCUGGCCACCCCCGAGCCACCACCGUUGCCGAGCGUUCCGACGCUCACGGACGCGGGUUCUAAGGCACGUCUGUUGCGCCAUCUUGAUAAUUGCAUUGCGGAAAUCGAUACCGAGAUUUGCCCGAAGACGGCGGGAGUUGUCGGGGCGACGGAUCGAACGAAUGGUGCUGGUGUAACGACGGUGGCCUCGUCAGUCGGCAGUCAGGAUUCGCAGACGACGACCGUCGUUGGAGCGGUAAUGUACGACGGAUUGAAAAAAGCCAAAGAUCUCAUGGUGGACUAUGGUGGCGCUGCUCCAACUGGACCGCAGGACUCCAAUCCACUCGAUUUUAGCAAGUCCAACCGAGAAAUCGGUCGCUCUCCGUACUCGUACCGAGGUUCCCCGACCGACCUAGCCCUGCUGACUCCAAAGCCAUCGGGAUUGCUCCACCAGGACGAAAACAACAACCGAGGUACGAGCGGUGGGACGGUGAGUGGACACAAAACGAAAGCCAGCAACCACCAACACCACCAUCAUCAUCUUCACCAUCAGCCACCGGUGUCUUCCACGGUGUCCGUAGCCAACCUGGAAGAUAUGAUUCACGGAAGCGAAAUUGCGACCACUUCCGCCGCCGGUAGUCAUACGGCUCUUAACAAAAUGAUGCUCGGACACCACCAGUCCCACCAGUCCCAGCAGAAGCUGAUCGACAUGGCUAACCUCAAAACCUGCCGGCUUGAUCCGGGCGCGAUCAAGCACGAACCGACGAGCGCCGGAAGUGGUCUGCUGGUCAACGGAUACUCCACCACCUCAUCCGCCGUAUCUUCACCUACUCCAUCACCCGCGGCCGGCAACAUGGAGUCGGAUAAGGAUAUGUCUAACCAUUCUGAGCAUAGCGUGGUGGUGCCUCCAGUCGGCUAUCCACCUCAGAGCCAGGUCCUGCUACUUCCUGACCACUACAUUCAGCUGGCCACAGCACUCGGCCUCGGCAGUGGCCAACCAAUGGUAGACCAUCCGAGUGCAGCGGCCGCAGCAGCAGCCGCCGCCGCAGCCGCUCUCUCAACGACAGACUUUGAAACCCUGAUCGAACAGAACCGCCGGCAGGCGGCCGUCCUAGCGCACGAGAAGAUGACAGCGGAAAUGCUUGGCAGCUUGCAUGGGCUACCGGAGAACGUCGACGAAAGCUACUGGGAGCUGUACAAGAAGUCGCUCGGCAUACCGGACUCGAUCAGCAAGCUCAGCCUAACCGAUGUCCGGGCGCUGAUGGCAAAGUCGGUCGGUCCUACGAUGCCGAAGGUAGAACGUCCAGCGACACCAACCACAGCAACACCCGUGGUAACGAAGAUGGAAGUGGACGAACCGAACCACCCGCAUCAGCACCAUCAACAUCAUCACCACCUGAACCAUCCAGAGGAUCAAACGGCAACAACUGCACACUCAGUAAAAGCUGAACCAGCUGGGCCAGUGUCUCCCGGCCUGGUUGAACAGGAGCCCGACGCCAGAGUAUCAACGGGCAGUCCACCGAUGAAGAAAGAGUCGCUCGAUGGAGACAGUCCCAUGAUCUGCACGGAAACCCAACAGACAGCCACGUACUCCGAGGAAAGGGAUCGGCGCAGUGUGAGCCCACGGUCGAUCGAAGAUCGAAGAUCACCCACCAGUAGCAAUGCUAGCGGAAGUAGUGACCGAUGUGGCAGCAGCCAGGGAACCGAUAGCAUGACCGGAUGUCAACUGCAGGCACAAACCUGGCGUCCUUGGUAAACG